AUGAUAAAUGCGGACAUACAUAUUCAUGAUUUAAAGACAUUAUUUAUCUAUAUGCCAAAAUUGAAAUACUUGACGAUAGGUUUAAAAGAAUCCUAUUACGAUCAGAAAUGGAAUAAAGAAGAAAAACAACAACCAUUUGCUCCUCAAUUGGAAGAAAUCGAAUUACGUUUGAAUGAUAACAUUGAUCAUAAUCAAAUUAUUUCAUUAUUGACAGAAUCAACAGCAAUAAAUUUGAAAACGAUAAUAAUUUAUUAUGAAUCUUUAUAUAAUGUUGAUGAAAUAUUAAUAGAAAUAUUAUUUCGAUCGGCAUUUCCAUUAUCAAAAACAUUUGAAAUCAAAUUUCCUCGAGAAACUUAUUAUGGUUUUAUCUUUUUCAAUUAUUUUCCUUUUCAUGAAGUAAGUUAA